AUGGCAUCGGCGACACCCACACUUCGGGAAGCACUUCUUACAGAGGCGAAGCAUAGGCUGCAAGAUUGGUUCCUUAACAACGAAUGGAAGCAGCAUCCCCCGCCGGAUGGUCGGUUAGACUGGCCCAAGCGGGAAGACGGCAUCCAGCUGCAGAUCACGACCAACAACUAUGUGUGCGAUGAAGAGUCGAGGAUCGAACCCUGGGAGGGCAUCCAGCUCGACAAGACACAUCCACCUCCACGCCCAGAUGUAAUUCCGAUCACGUUUGGCCGAUUUGAUGUGCAGAACGCAGAGGUUAUCGAUGUCUUCAACGCUCUAGCCGAUACGAAGGGCGAGGCUGAAUGGGACGAUCUUUUGAUGAACGGCCCGGGUGUCACGUACUUGGGAGAUUUCCCGAAAGAGUUCGCCCGGGCGGCUGCCGUUAGUUUUGUGGCACGCCCAUUCCCAGACAGACAGGUCUUCCAGUGGAUGGUGUACAACUCCACCCAGAACUAUGAUGACAUGACGGUGGUGUACUCGACUCGAAGGAAUGCAGUUCUUCACCAGCGCGGUGUAGAGGAUGAAGGCUGGCCUGCCGUGCAGGCGCAGAAUUGCUUAGGGGCUUAUCACGUGAUGGCCUUGCCACAAGGUGGUUGUCACGUGGUCUUUACGACCAUGGUGAACUCACACCCGCCGUGGCCGAUCACGGCACAGUUCGUAUUCAACAUCGCAUGGACAAAAACAGCCGAGUACAUCGAGAAACUCCGAGCACGUGCCCAGCUGCUGAAACGGAGGCGUCUCGCUGCAAACACACCUGCCAGUCCAGUAGUUCCACGAUGGCUCUUGUUCGAUGGCAUGGUUCCUAACAAGACCGAAUCUGGAGACUUGUUCGUCGAGGGCGUGCCAAAGGUCAAUCCUCCCUUCCAAGGACCUGAUUAUGUGGUUGACGUUAUACAGAUCGACUUGUUAAAGGACUUGGAGCGGGUGAUCUACUCUGGAGGAUCGUCUUCGAUGUGGCUAUGUGCACUUCUUGUGGUUGCUUUGGUGGUCUCGGCCGUUGUGGUUUGGCGCCGGCAGAGAAUACGAGCACGGGAAUCUUUGACAGGUGACGAGCUCGAAUCGGGGCUCGGCCUGACUCCGUGCGCGGAAUGA